UACCAGCAGAGUUUUAAAUGAUAGUUUAGCUACUCAUUGCACCACAGCCCUUUGGGAAAUGCACUGCCAUAUUUAUUUCAGGUCCUUCACUUUUAGCAUCAAAAGACACAUUUCUGAUGUACACGCUUUAACCAGUGAGUCAGAUUUACUCCAAAAAGUUUAUAGAAAGAAAAUCUUUGAGGUGACCAGGAGCAGAGUUAAAAGAAAGCAAUUGAGCCAAGCAUCUUUAUUUUAAGGAAGUGAGAAUUUUACUUCAGGAUGUUGCUUUAUGGGCUGCGACUGAAUUCACAGUCACAUGGAUUGUGCCAAAGCUCAUUUUCUAGAAGCUUGCUAUCUGUUUGUUCUAUGCAUUUUUUCGUCAUACUUUAAGGUAAUUAAUUACUUAAUGAUAAACUGUGAGGUGAGGAAUGGUAUUUAUUAUGGUAUUUAUCUCUCUUGUGUGUAAGUACACUGAGAACCACUUUACUUACCUGGCCAAUAAACGUGAUUCUGAUUCUGAUUCUGAUUAUUAACAUCCACAGUUCUUAUUCAGCCAAAUUCUUCCCAUUAAAAUGAAAGAUGCAUGUGCUUUUUUCCUCAGGUGAUUCCUUCCAUCUCAUCGCUAUCAUGGUUCACAACCGUGGUGCCCUUGGUCCUAGUCUUGUUUGUGACAGCAGCCAAAGAUGCCAUAGAUGACAUUAAUCGCCACAGAAGUGACAAGAAAGUGAACAACCGUAAAGUCCAGGUUCUCAUCAACGGAGAACUCCGUAGUGAUAAAUGGAUGGAUGUCCAAGUGGGCGACAUUAUCAAACUAGAAAACAACCAGUUUGUGACGGCAGACCUGCUCCUUUUGUCCAGCAGUGAGCCUCUCAACCUGGUCUACAUAGAGACUGCAGAACUUGACGGUGAGACCAAUCUUAAGGUGAAGCAAGCUCUCACAGUCACAGGAGACAUGGGAGACAGUGUGACAGCCCUGGCUGCCUUCAAUGGUGAGGUGCGCUGUGAGCCUCCCAACAACCGCCUGGACCGCUUCGCUGGAACCCUGAGCUUUUCGGGGCAGAAGUACUCGCUGGACAACGAGAAGAUCCUGCUGAGAGGCUGCACUCUCAGGAACACCGAGUGGUGCUUCGGCCUGGUCAUCUUCGGAGGCCAAGAGACCAAACUGAUGCAGAACUGUGGGAAAACAACCUUUAAGAGGACCAGUAUUGACCGGCUCAUGAAUGAGCUAGUGCUCUGUAUCUUUGGGUUCCUAGCCAUCAUGUGUGCCAUCCUUGCUAUUGGUAACUACAUCUGGGAGCUGCAGGAGGGGUCAAAGUUCACAGUCUUCCUGCCUAGAGAGGAGGGAGUGAAUGCGGCUUUCUCAUCGUUCCUCACAUUCUGGUCCUACGUCAUCAUCCUCAACACGGUGGUGCCAAUAUCCCUAUACGUCAGUGUGGAGAUAAUUCGUCUGGGCAACAGCUUCUUCAUCGAGUGGGACCGUAAGAUGUACCACGCCCGCACUGACACCCCGGCAGAGGCUCGCACCACCACUCUGAACGAGGAGCUGGGCCAGAUCAAAUACAUCUUCUCCGACAAGACAGGCACCCUCACCCAGAACAUCAUGACCUUCAACAAGUGCACCAUCAAUGGCAAAUCCUAUGGAGAUGUUAUGGACCACACUGGACAGACGCUUGAGAUCACUGCGGAUAUGGACUCGGUGGACUUCUCGUUUAACCCACUGGCUGACCCAAAGUUCCAGUUCCAUGACCACAGCCUGGUGGAGGCGGUGAAGCUGGAGAACCCUGAGGUCCACGCGUUCUUCCGCCUGCUCGCUCUCUGCCACACGGUGAUGGCCGAGGAGAAGAAGGAGGGUGAUCUACACUAUCAGGCUCAGUCACCAGAUGAAGGCGCUCUUGUCACUGCCGCCCGAAACUUUGGCUUUGUGUUCCGCUCUCGCACGCCGGAGACCGUGACUAUCGUAGAGAUGGGGGUUCAGAGAGUCUACCAGCUGCUGGCUAUUUUGGACUUUGACAACGUGCGCAAACGAAUGUCUGUCAUUGUGAGAAGUCCAGAGGGGAAGCUGUGUCUCUACUGUAAGGGUGCCGACACCAUCCUCUACGAGAGACUCCAUCAGUCCUGCAAAAAACUGAUGGAUGUCACCACGGAGCACCUAAAUGAGUUUGCAGGGGAGGGGCUGAGAACUCUAGCGUUGGCGUACAAGGACCUGGACGAGGCUUAUUUUACAGAAUGGAAACAACGGCACCACGAGGCGAGCACUGCGCUGGAGGAUCGUGAGGAGAGAUUGGAUAAGCUCUAUGAGGAAAUAGAGAAAGACCUGAUGCUUUUAGGAGCAACAGCCAUUGAGGAUAAGCUACAAGAUGGUGUAGCAGAGACCAUAGAGCAGCUAGCAAAGGCAGACAUUAAGAUCUGGGUCCUGACUGGCGAUAAACAAGAGACGGCCGAGAACAUUGGCUACUCGUGUAACAUGCUGAGGGAGGAGAUGAAUGAGGUCUUUAUCGUGGCGGCGAACUCUCCAGAGAGCGUGCGAGAGGAGCUCAGGAAAGCCAGAACCACCAUGAAGCCUGGUGCAGAAGAGGAUAUGUACGUCUCAAAAAGAAUCCUGGGAAACUCGCCUAAGAUUGUCCCCGAUGAAGUCAUCAAUGGGGAAUAUGGGCUUGUUAUCAACGGCCACAGUCUGGCCUAUGCCCUAGAGGCCAGCAUGGAGGUGGAGUUCUUGCGCACCGCCUGCAUGUGUAAGACCGUUAUCUGCUGUCGAGUCACCCCCCUGCAGAAGGCUCAGGUGGUGGAGCUGGUCAAGAGGUACAAAAAGGCAGUGACCUUGGCCAUAGGAGAUGGAGCCAACGACGUCAGCAUGAUCAAAGCUGCCCACAUUGGCGUGGGCAUCAGCGGGCAGGAGGGCAUGCAGGCGGUGCUGGCCUCGGACUACUCCUUCGCCCAGUUCCGCUUCCUGCAGCGCCUCCUGCUGGUGCAUGGCCGCUGGUCCUACCUGCGCAUGUGCAAGUUCCUGCGCUACUUCUUCUACAAGAACUUCACCUUCACCUUUGUCCACUUCUGGUACGCCUUCUUCUGCGGAUUCUCCGCCCAGACAGUCUAUGAUGAAUGGUUCAUCACACUUUUUAACCUGGUGUACACUGCCCUCCCAGUUUUGGGUAUGAGUCUGUUUGACCAGGACGUGAGUGACAGCUGGAGCUUUGAGUUCCCCCAGCUGUACGUGCCAGGCCAGCUGAACCUGUACUUCAGUAAGACGGCCUUCGUCAAGUGCGCCCUGCACAGCUGCUACUGCUCCCUGGUGCUCUUCUUCAUCCCCUACGGCGCCAUGUACGACACAGUGAGGUAUGAUGGGAAGGAUGUGGCUGACUACCAGUCCUUCGCCCUACUGACGCAGACGUGUCUGGUCAUCGCAGUGUGUAUACAGCUGGGACUGGACAUGUCGUACUGGACAGUGGUAACCCAUGUGUUUGUCUGGGGCAGUUUAACCAUGUACUUUGUGGUCACGUUUACCAUGUACAGCAAUGGCAUGUAUCUCAUCUUCACAGCAUCCUUCCCAUUCAUUGGUUCUGCCAGGAACACUUUAAAUCAGCCUAAUAUGUGGCUGACUAUCCUGCUCACCUCUAUCCUGUGUGUGCUGCCGGUGUUGACCCACCGAUUCCUGGUCAUCCAGCUAAAGCCCACCAUCAAUGACAGGGUGCGACUGAAAGUCCUUCAGGCCAAAGCAGCUCCACCUCCUCCUUCAAAGCGCACCCGCAUGAGGCGUACCAGCACCCGCCGCUCCGGCUACGCCUUCUCGCACGCGCAGGGCUAUGGUGACCUGGUGACCUCGCGCCGCUACCUGCACCGGCCGGUUAAGCCCCGCUCCGGCGGCUUCACCCCGACCGGUCGCUCGCUGGGAUUCAGUCCCACAGGACGCUCGGCCGGUUACAGCCCGACGGAACGUAAUCAGAACCCCAAGCAGGAAGUGGAGGCCACCUCUCUCCAGAUGUACCGCACCAGAGACAUGGCCUUCUGACACUGAGAGCACAGAGCUCACAACCAACAACAACUACAGAUGCUGCUUAUCAAGCAGAUCUUCCAGGAUGCACAUAACACUUGUUCUGCCUAGCACAGUUACACCUCAUUGUGAGUGCAAAGCUGUGGACAGUGAAUGAUGAAUGAGGACAAUGGGAGGACCAUAUGUAUUGUAUACAUUACUAUGCAUGUGUGCAUAAAGCAGUGUUUCUUAUAAUAGCAGCCAUUACUAUCAGGAACUGAAAAAUCCCAAAUUCUGUUGGGAAGACUCAGCCCACCAAAGACUAACAGACACAGUGCCCAGAGGCUGUGACAUUAAACACCCAAUGACGCUGGAAGACCAGAUAGCCGACAGAACAAAGAAGCAUGAUCUCAGUCCAUCAUAACUGCAUCAAACACCUUACUUGAAUGCAGCUAACCAUCAGGUAUCACCAAAACACUAAUGUCACUGAUGAAGUAGACAUCUCAUGAUGAUCACUGGCAUCGUAUUUAGUGUUUGCCUUAGCUGUAUAUUUCUGGGCACAGCCUGGAAAUAUUUGCCUGCCUUCAGCUGACAUUGAAGGCUACAAACUAUACAUCAAGCCAGGUCAUACCUUCUGAAUUCCUUUUUUUGAGAUGGCACACUCAGACAAACCACUCACAUAAAAGUGUAUGCAGCAAACGAAAAUGUUUAAUGGGUGAUCAGCUAGCUUUUUUUUUUUACAAACAAACUCCAAAGAGGAGACCUCAGAAUGUAAUGUUUAUUUGUAUGUGGUCACACACACUUUUUUACUCUGAGGGAGUUUGAUAGAAUAUAUGAUGCAGUGUGGUUACAGUGCGUUUUGUGUAUUACAAUGUAUCCUGGCUGUCUCUUUGUCUACUGGUGAGGUUGUGGUCUGAUUGGGACUAGUUAGUAGCCUGACAUUCACUAUGUAUGUUUCAGUUGAAAUAAUGAAAUACUAAGUGUUACACAGUUUUUAUAUGGUGGUAUAGAGCACGGAACAAGACCAAUUUUAAGAUCAUUCUUACAUGCAGUUUUAUAGUAUCUUUCAAAGUCUAGGGGAGCUGCUUGAUAUGGAUGUAUCAACCACUUCUGCAAUCUCCUACCAUGAAAAAAAACUUGCUCAGCUCAACUCCAACAUAAAUAAAUGUAUCGACGCUUCGCUAACAUGUAGCAUCCCAGCCACUUCUCUCUUACCUCUUUGGUACGCAAUCCUUCCCAUAAGUGUUAACUGACAAAAGGGUCCACCACACUAAAGUCCAGUGCUUCUCCUCUAAGACCCUAGGCCAGCUUCCAUACUAAAAAAGACCACUCAACCCUACAAUUCGGUCUGAGAGCGUUAACUUUAGGAAUGUUAUAUACAAUGUUUUUGAGCUAGCCAUUGAAAAGUGCUAUGUUUUUGAGCUAGCCAUUGACAAGAGCAAAAGCAGUUGAGGUGAAUAUUAGGUGAAUUUAUUAAGCAGGCAAACGUGGCAUUUGACAGAUAUACCACACUGCCGGAGCAUUGCAAUUAUUUAUGAGGGAGAUGUGGGUAGUUUGACAGGUGAAUGAAACUGUCAGGGUUUUCUCGGUUCAUAUCUUUUAUCCAUUUCAAGCCUGUAGGGUUAGUCAGAUCAAGUUGUGUUGACAAAAAAUUACACACUAUUUCUUGAAAAGAGGUAUGGCCUGAAGCCAAAGAACAUGGAAGAGGUGAGGAUGCUUAGGUCUGCCAAAUAAUUCUGUCGAACAGGGAUGUGUCCAUGUUCUGCACCCAUGUUUAAAGACAUGACUAUCACAGUCUCAGUUGAUAUUCGCAAAUGGUAAGAUCAUUAAUUGGAUUCAUUUAUAGAUUUCAGACAGAUUAUUUUUUCAGACUUGAAGCUAGCAUGGAACAGGAUAUGUUUUUUGAGAAAUACCUAGUUGUUAAAUAAUUCACCUUGUAUGUGCCUUUUUAUAUGUAAUAGAAUUAUCUUUCAUUCCAAAUGACUAUUGUCAUUUAUUUCAGUGAAAAUAUUUCAGAAUAAAUAAUGGUUGGACAUUUGUAUUGUA